UGUCAGUCUGCUAGAAUUUUCUGAAUGUUUCAAUAAUUUAUGUUUUUAAAAUGUUUACUAUAACAAAACGGCUAUAUUUAUUGAAUUCAACAAUAUCUAGGCAAUGUGUUAAAUUUUCAAGUGCAAAGAAAAACCCUGGAAUCGAAAGGCGAGGAGCAGCAAUACAGCUAGAUAAACUGGAUGAAAUGGAAGAGCAUGAUAUUGAUGAUUUCGAAUCAGAUUUUAUGAAUGUUCAUCAAAGCCACAAAGAGUACAUAAGAGAGGCGGAAGCCCAAAAGGAAAGGCUUAAAUACCUUAUAGUCAAACAGAAAUAUUUCAAAGAAAAAUAUCCAAAUUUUCUAUAUUGGAAUGAAAAAGAGCAAAUUAAGUAUUUACACAACACUAAUCCAGAGGAAUGGACUAUCGAAAAUCUCUCGGAAAGUUUUCCAGCUACUCCAGAAGUCAUUACAAAAAUUUUAAAAGCCAAAUAUUCUAAAGGAGGCUCAAAAAUAGAAAACCACGAUGCCAAUGUAGAGAAAAAUUGGAACGAAUUUAAUAGAGGGAAUCUGAAAAAUUUACCUUCACAUUUAGUCGAACAUUUACAGAAAUUUACAAAUAGAAAACGAAUCACUCAGCCAGUUUUUCAAAAGCCAGAAGUGAUAAAUAGGCCGAAAGGUCGGACAGAAUUCUCGGAAAUAAUCACUAGCUACCACAAUUUAAAAAAUAAAGAUGCUAGUGAUGAAACAAGCAGGAAUAUCAGUUUGGAUCUAAGACAUUCAUUCACACAAAAUCAAAAUAAUGUAAACGAAGGUGCUUUAAUUAUAGAAAAGAGUAAUUUGACAGACAAACGUGUUACUACUUUAAAAGGUUUACAAGAAAGAAUAGAAAAGAAAGUGAGUAAAGGAAAGGAUUUGUCCGAAGAAGAAAAAUUAAUCUACAAAGAUUUAGCAGAACCAAAAUCUGAAGAAACUUGUAUUAAUAUCAAAAACGAGGAUUUAGUUGCAAUAUCAGAAAACAAAUACACCACCAGUAGCGGACAUUUAAUGAUGGCCAAAAAAGAAAAGGACUAUUCUCAUCUUAUUUAUCCAGAAAAAAUUAGUAUUCCAAAAAAAUUAAAGAAAAGAGGUUAUACAUACAAAUUAAACGAUUGUUACUAUGAUGACGAUGGUCAAUUUUUGUAUAGAGUACCUGGUAUGGAUUAAG